CAUUGAAAUUGCUCGCACAUCUUUUAUGAAGAUGAAGAAAGUUCUUUGUGGUCGUCAACUUUCUCUAAAACUCCGUAUCAGACUCCUACAAUGCUACAUUUGGCCCGUAGUUUUAUACGGUUGUGAGGCAUGGACCCUAGUGGAGGACUUGAGGAAAAAGAUCGACGCCUUUGAAAUGUGGACGUAUCGCAGGAUGCUUCACAUAAGCUGGACGGCUAAGGUGUCUAACGCUGAGGUUCUUGCCAGGAUGCAGAAGAAGACCGAGUUAGUUAAAACCAUCAAGCAGCGAAAGAUCUCGUACCUGGGCCAUAUUUUGCGACACGAUAGGUACCGCCUGCUGCAGAUAAUUAUGGUGGGAAAAAUUGCUGGAAAAAGAGUGGUGGGAAGAAGGAAGAAGUCAUGGCUACGUAACAUAAGGGAGUGGACUGGCAUAAAAACAGUAGGAGAACUAUUCCGGCUAGCCAUGGACAAGGAGAAGUUUAAAAAACUGACUGCUGACCUUCAGUAAUGGAGAGGCACAUAAAGAAGAAGAAGA